CGACAACCAAGCCAUGGCACAGCACAAGCCAGAAGCAAAACCAGCUACAUCGAUCCAUCCGUGUGCCACAGACCACAGCUACUAGCUAGCCGCCAGCACUCCUCUUCUCCGAACGACGACGACCGGCCGACCGGCCACCUAUACUAGUUCACCCACCCUACGUACGUGCACCUCCGAUGGCGACCACGGUGAUGGCCACCACGACCGCGAGCUCCCUCGCCUUCUUCGGCCCCGGCGCGCGCGCCAGCGCCGGCAGCUUCCCCAGUACCACUACCACCCAUCUUCCCGCGGCGGCCGGGCGUGUCGUCGCGCCGCGCCGCCGCGCGCUGCUCGUCAGGGCCGCCCAGCAGACCGAGGACGGUAAGCCCGCGGCUGCUGCUCCUGCUCCGAAGGCGCCGGGGCUCUGGGACGCGCUGGCGUUCAGCGGGCCGGCGCCGGAGCGGAUCAACGGGCGGCUGGCGAUGGUGGGCUUCGUGUCGGCGCUCGCCGUCGAGGCGACACGCGGCGACGGCCUCCUCUCGCAGGCCGGGAACGGCGCGGGGCUCGCCUGGUUCGCGUACACCGCCGUCGUCCUCUCCGCCGCGUCGCUGGCGCCGGUGCUCCAGGGGGAGAGCGCCGAGAGCAGGAGCGGCGGGUUCAUGACCGCCGACGCUGAGCUCUGGAACGGCCGACUCGCCAUGCUAGGGCUCGUCGCGCUCGCCGUCACCGAGUAUCUUACCGGCGCGCCCUUCGUCAACGUGUAGAUAAGCCGCCCGUACAGUUGUAGUAGUACGUUUGUAAAAGGAACUAGUGUACGCGUAUGUAUAUGUAUACAACUAUAUAUACAUGCAUGCAAUUACAGUAGCUUGGAAAUUACUACUGUAUUUUGUAGGAGUCUCUGAAAAGAUAUAUUAAGAGCGGAUACUUGCAGACUUGAGACUUGCAACACUCGUUUGACAAA